GGUAGACCCGUGCCUCCUGAAUUUCCAGCUUGUGUGCUGCUACUCAACGCGACUGUGGACAUUUGACGCUUUUGUUACGUGUUUAAACUUUUUAUUUAUUCGAGUUUGGGGCGUAGAUGAGGAGUUUAUUUCAGUCGUAACUUGUAAUGUGUGGUUUUCCGACAUUUACGUGAGGUCAUUUGAGGCCACGACAGUAAGGCAGACACUUGUCUUGCAGAAAUGGUCGUAUUAUUUUCAGGUGACUGACGCAAGGAUAAAGUUUAUCAGAUGCAGCAGGAGCCUCCAGCUCUGAGCUCUGCUCCUCUCAACCUCCAGCUCACACAGUUCAGCUCUGAACCAGGACAAAGUAACUCCAGAUCAGCCAGAAGAGCAGCCCAUCUGAGGGAGGGACAGAAGAAGCCUUCAGGCACCUCCAGGAUGCGAGCCGUAGUGAGCCUGUCCAUCUGCCUGCUCGUGUGCCUCGCUCUGGGCUUGGCCUGUGUGCUGCUGGUUUAUCUCUGGAGCUCCAGGUUCAGAGGAGGAUUCCAAUGGGAUGGAUCGGAGCUGGAGUUUAACUGGCACCCUGUACUCAUGACCUCAGGGCUGGUGGUCAUGUACGGAUAUGCGGCUGUGUUGUACCGUGUCCCUCUGACCUGGGGGCAGUCUAAACUCCCCUGGAAGCUGCUUCACUCUGGGCUCAUGCUCCUGGCUCUGCUCCUGUCUGUGGUGGGGCUGUGCGCUGUCUUUGACGUCCACAACAAGAAGAACAUUCCCUGCCUCUACUCGCUCCACAGCUGGGUCGGAAUCAGCGCCGUGGUGCUCUUCGCUGUACAGUGGGUGGCAGGCUUCACCGGCUUCCUCCUGCCCUGGUCUCCUCUGUCCUUCCGGAAGCUGCUCAGACCUCUGCACGUGUGGCUUGGGGGCAGUAUCCUGACCCUCAGCAUCGCAGCCUGUGUCUCUGGGAUCAACGCAAAACUCAUCUUUGUCCUGAAAGGAAACAACCACACAGAGCCGUACAGCAGACUCCCUCCUGAGGCCCUUUUGGCGAAUUCUCUGGGAGUUAUGAUCGUAGCGUUUGGGUUGGUGGUGCUGAGGAUUCUAACCAACAAGAAGUGGCAAAGACCUGACCCCCAACCACUAGACACUGCUUAUAGGCCUUUGAAUCAAGAAGAAAACGACUAACUGGCCGUCCUGAGAUUAUCCAAGUAAAGUCACAGCACUGAAAUGAUGUUAAAACGCACAUUUGUAUGAAUUAAAAGUCUAUUUAUUUGAUAUCAAUGAAAUAAUUUCUUUUCAAUAAAUUAUGUGGAUCAUGUAAUUCACCUUUUCCAAA